AUGCCCCCAAAAUCACCAGUGUUAGGUAGUCUGGCUGUACAAGCCCCCUCUUUAACACCGCAGAUCGUGCACGUCUCGCCAUCAACCUGCCAUAACCUCUCUCUUUUCAAGGAGCUCAUGAAAGAGUACCGCAGAUUGGACGACACGAUCACUAUGAGGCUGAAUCGCACGAACGCACAGUUCCGAGACCGAGACCGUCUGGGAACGGGUGGAAAGGGCAGCGUCCAGGACCAGACAUGCAUGUACAUCUGGAAAGAACUUGUCGAAAACUGGAAACGUCGUACGGACGUGAUCGAGUACUGCGUCGGCGUUGUCGAUCAGUCCAUGGAGCAGAAGCGACAGGCGCUAGGCGAGAAGGUUGGAGAUCCCGUGGAGCAGCGGAAGAUUCAGGGUGAUCUGUUUGCCGAUGAAGUAAAGAGGAAUCAAGUACAUAAUGAGCUUUCUGUGGAGAAGAUUGUGCGACAGCGCUCGCUCGAUGCAUUCUCGUCCCGGUGUAGAUACUUCGAACCUCCAUUAACCGAUGCAGAGGCUCGAAAAUGGUGGGACGAAGCGCACUCCCGCUCGUGA